AAACCCAAGCUCCAAUAUGAAAAGAACAUCAAGGGAAUCUAGUACUGAACACAAGGUACCGUUUAUGAUAUGUCAUCAGAAUAUUAGAUCAUUGAAUGGUAAAAUGGAUGAGUUACUGGCAUAUUGGUUAAAUGAAUCCCCGCACAUCUUAUGUCUUACUGAGCAUCAUCUGCGCAAGCAAGAAAUUAGUAAACUAUGUAGUAGUCCUUAUUCCUUAGCAGCCAGUUAUUGUAGAAGCAAAUAUAAGCACGGAGGAGUAUGUAUAUACGUACACUCUUCACUAUCAUUUGUAAGCAUUGAUUUAGAAAAAUAUUGUAAAGAACAGGAUCUUGAGGUAUGUGCUAUUAAGUUACGUCUAGCGUCGGUUACAUACUGUAUAAUAUCAAUAUAUAGAUCCCCAGUUGGCAAACUUCCUUAUUUCAUAAGUACUUUAGACCUUGUACUAAAUAAGCUUUACUCCAUUUCUACUAAUAUAAUCCUUUGUGGCGAUGUUAACAUAAAUUACCUUUGUGAGAGUAAUAAUAGAACUCAGCUUGACUCUCUUUUGGCUUCAUACAAUCUGUUUAAUAUAGUUAAUUUCCCCACAAGGAUUGAUAAUAAGUCUUCUACUGCUAUUGAUGGUAUAUUCAUUGAUAAAUAUAAAUUUUUUAACUAUGUUAUCAUGCCAGGAGUAAAUGGCCUAUCUGACCACGAUGCACAAGUACUGGUAUUAAAUAACUCAAAAGUCCACAAUUCUAAAUUUUGUAGGUAUAAUAAGCGACAGAUAAAUAAAACUAAUAUUGAGAAUUUUAAACUUAAUUUAAGUUUUGAAACCUGGGAAGAAAUUUUUUCAAAUGAAGAUGUAGAUAAAAUAUUUAAUGCUUUUCUUAACAUUUAUUUGAGAAAUUUUAAUAAUUGUUUUCCUAUCAAAAAAUUAUUUAGUAAAUACAAUAAUAAGGCAUGGUUAACAGCUGGUAUUAGAAUUUCAUGCCAACAUAAAAGAAAUCUUUAUAUCUUAAGCAGGAACUCAAAUAAUCCUAUACUUUAUGCCUACUAUAAAAAAUAUUGUGGAAUACUGAGGGAAGUUAUAAAAACUGCAAAAAAAAUGCAUUAUAAUAGACUGAUUGCCAAAUCUAAUAAUAAAACUAAGACUAUGUGGAGUAUGGUAAAUAAUGUAACUGGCAAAUGUAAAAAUAUUCGUGAUCCCCCACCACUAAUUGUAGAGGGAAUGGAAUGUAAAGAUAGUCAAAGUAUAGCAACAGCUUUCAAUUUAUACUUUGAUGCUACAACAAUUAAGAAGCUAAAUAAUGUUAGUAUUAACUUGGAUCCAAUAUCAAGCAAUGAUAAUUUUCGUCAUUAUUUAUCCUCAUUGCCUUUAGGACCCAGUAAUAAUAUUUUAUAUGAACCUGUAACUUACAAAGAAUUAAGUGAUAUUAUUAAAUCCCUUAAAAAUAAAAGUUCCUAUGGCUAUGAUGAAAUAUCGACGAAGAUAAUAAAAUUAAGUAUGUUAUAUAUUAUGUCCCCUCUUAUUUACAUAUGUAAUAGGUCCUUGGCCACAGGUACAUUUCCCUCAAGGUUAAAAUACUCACAAAUACAUCCGGUACACAAGAAAGGUGAUGCGUCUGAAGUAUCUAAUUAUAGACCAAUUUCUGUGCUUACAUCCUUUUCUAAAAUAUUUGAAAAGGUUAUAUAUAAUAGAGUGUAUGCUCAUGUAGUACUUAAUAAUAUAUUGCCUGCUGAGCAACAUGGAUUUAGGAAACAUCUAUCUACGGAUACUGCUAUUCUUAGUUUACUUAAUAAUAUUAUGCAGGCACUUAAUGACAGAAAACUGGUCGGUGGUAUUUUCUGUGACUUAACAAAGGCCUUUGAUAGUGUGAACCAUGAUAUUUUACUUGAGAAAAUGGAUUUCUAUGGUAUAAGAGGUAUAUUUCAUAAAUUGCUUACCUCAUAUUUAAGUGAUAGAUACCAACGAGUAGUAAUUAAGGAUAAACAAGCUAUACAAUAUUUUUCUGAGUGGAAACAGAUCAGAUUGGGAGUACCACAGGGAUCAAUUCUUGGGCCAUUAUUUUUUUUAUUAUAUAUAAAUGAUUUGCCAGCAGCAGUAAAUAAUAUGUCAAAACCCAUCCUAUUUGCAGAUGACAUUAGUCUAAUAGUAUCUACUUCAGAUCCUAAUCAGCUUAAAGAAUGUUUAAACUCCCCUAUAAAGUAUUUACAUUCUGACAUUAAUAGUACACAAGUUAUGGACUUUCUGGGGGUGUCUUUGGAUCCAUCCUUAUCUUGGCAAGGACAUAUAUCUAAAACAAUAAAGAAAUUAAAUUCUGCUUGCUUUGCCAUUAGGUCUCUGAAAUCGUUACUAUCUAUUAAUGAUCUAAAAAUGAUAUAUUUUGCCUAUGCUCACUCUAUAAUUGUAUAUGGAAUUGCCUUUUGGGGAAAUGCCACUAAUAGCAAGGAUGUCUUCAUAGUGCAAAAAAGAAUUAUAAGGAGUAUUAUGAAUGUAAAUUCUAGAGCCUCUUGCCGGGGAUUUUUUAAAUAUUUAAACAUAUUGCCUUUUUAUUCUCAAUAUAUACUUUCGCUUUUGCUUCUGGUGGUGAAAAAUAUGCAUUUGUUUGCACUAAAUGCUGAAAUACAUGUCAUAAAUACACGACAAAGUACCAGCUUACACGUGCCAUUGAUAAAUUUGGCCAAAUAUAAGAAUAGUGUGUGUUGUAUGGGUAUUAAAAUAUUUAAUAAUCUGCCACAUAAUUUAAGAAAAUUAUCGAGUGAUUAUAAAAAAUUUAAGUUAGCUAUAAAUAAUUUUCUCUUAAAUCAAUCAUUUUAUUCGAUAAAUGAAUACUUGGAGUGGUCAAAAGAAAGGAAAUAGAAUACAGGUGAAUAUUUGUUUUAUUUAGAUACACUUAUGUGUAGUAGUUUUUGUAGACUCUGUAUAAAUGUAUGUAUACUUUUAUUAUUAAUUGCUUAUAAUGUCCGUAUUUUAGUUAUUAUUGAUUUAUUAUACUAAGCAUUGACUAAGUUGUAUUAUUGCAACUGUUUUAUUAUAGUAUAUUUUACUAUUUGGGACUGCUUCUACAACUGUGGUGAUUGUGUCGCCUGUAUGUUUUUCUUGAAGCAAUAAAGAUAUUAUUAUUAUUAUUAU